GAACAGGGUAGGAUCACCACAGGUAAGGCGAAGGAGGCGCGAGGGCGAACGAAAGCGCAGGGGGGUUUGAGGGUGGCUAUGGUGCGCGUGGCGAUGGCCAGUGGUUGCGCGGCACGACUUCUCAGCCCGGGAGCUGCCGUGGGCGGGGCACUACGAGCAGGCGUGCAUGCGCGCAGCAGCGCGAGUCGCGCGCACCUGGGCUGUUCGGGGGCGGUCUUCUUUUCACCGCUGAGAGCGCAGUUGAAAGUCCCCGCGCAUUUCACCGCCUCGAGACUGAACACAGCAGGUUGUUCCACCGCGCCACGUCGGACGGGCGUAGUGGCCAUGUCAGGUGCAGACUCUCCGCUCUUGGAAGAUGCUGCCAGUCUCAUAGACAGUGUGGAAACCUUCAUUUUUGACUGCGAUGGUGUCAUUUGGAAGGGAGACAAGUUGAUUGAGGGUGUGCCAGAGACUUUAGACUUCCUCAGAGCAAAGGGAAAGCGGCUUGUUUUCGUAACAAACAAUUCCACCAAGUCCCGAAAACAGUACGGGAAGAAGUUCUCGUCACUUGGGCUUGAAGUAGGCGAGGAAGAAAUAUUUUCGUCGUCAUUUGCAGCAGCAGCGUAUCUUCAGUCCAUCAAGUUUGACAAGAAGGUGUACGUCAUCGGUGAGGUUGGCAUUUUGGAGGAGUUUGAUCUAGCAGGAAUUGAAUAUAUUGGAGGGCCAGCAGAUGCAUCAAAGGCAAUUGAUCUCUCGCCUGGAGUUCUCUUAGAGCAUGACCAUGAUGUUGGGGCUGUGGUUGUUGGUUUCGAUCGGUACAUCAAUUACUACAAAAUCCAGUUUGGAAUCAAGAAGUCCCAGAUAUGCAUGGUGGGAGAUCGGCUCGAUACAGAUAUCUUGUUUGGCCAAGCAGGGGGGUGCCAGACACUUCUUGUCCUGUCAGGUGUCACAACUCUGGCUGAGCUUCAGAGUCCGAGCAAUACAAUCCAGCCGGGUCAGUACACCGACAAGCUCGCAGAUUUGCUGCGAGCCAAGCAGACUACGGCGAGCGUCUCUGCGUGAACGAAAUUAAGGUCUGAUUGACUUUGAUGGGUCACCGUGACGCCGCUUUUCCAUUCUGUCUCUUCUCUUCCCUUUGUGCAAGUACAAAAAUUUCAGAAUUUCUCAAGUCAAGUCCAUCAAGCAUUGAUGACUCUUCUGCCGCAGCCAGCUAUUCAAUUGCUUUCAUCGUCCGACCGCCCGAUGGGAUCGUACAGCCCGUAGGACCCCACCAACUGCUCAAAGCCUUAUUAACAUCCCCUUUCACUACUUUUUUUUAAAGUUUUUAUAAACUUCCACUAUUUUUAUCCGCUUUUUGAUACUUUUAUCCGCUUUUUGGGUAAGUUUUUGCUACUUUUAUCCGCUUGUACGCUUUCACUAUUUUUAUCUCCUUUUUUUUUUUCUUCGCUAUUUUGAAAUCUCUCUCCAAGCUUAUUGCACACUUGAUUAUCGUUUGAAGAAGGUUGAGUAAAAAAGUUUGAAAAACUUUUUGAAUAUCUGGAUAGAGUCCGAUAGACCUUUUUUUUGUCAGACUGUAUCCAGAGAUUCAAAACGUUUUUCAAACUUUUUCCUAAGAAGCAAGGAAGUGUGGUCAAGCUGUUGCAGAAGAUUCUCCGCAACUUGUAGCAACAACAUGAAAAUGGGUGUUGGGUUGAUUUUUAUGGAUUGGUCAUUUUGAUAGAGUGCUUUUCAGCGGAGUCUUUGAAAAUUGAAACUUUUUUUAGGGGGGGGGGGGGGGGGGUCUGAUGUUCGCCAACAAAAGCGUAUUACAAGUUAGCAGGAACAUUCAAUUUGAUGAUGAUAUAUGUUCUUCUUCGUCCUGCGGAGGACGAUUGAUCGUCUUCUUCGUCAUCCUUCAGAAGAUGGUCGUCUUCCUCAUUAUGCAGAGUACGAUCGUCUUCUUCACUAUGUAGAGAACGAUCGUCUUCUUGAUCCUCCUCUGGGCGACGAUCGUCUACUUCAUUCAACCUGCAGAGGAUUAUCGAAUCAACGGUGACGUUUGCAUUCAGGAACAUGAUGAUUCACUUCUGCUGUCAGCGGCAGCUCGCAGCCACAGCAGUCAUUUAUUUCUUCGCUGUGUAGCAGAUUUGGCAUUCGUUGACCCCUCCAGGGCAUCCGACGAGUCGAGAACAAAUUGGAACUCUCUUGCGGUUCAUGACCCCACCAGAUGCGAAUAUUCUGUGUGUACACUCACUCAUCCGUCGUCGACAGGUGGUCGGUUAGCAUUGGCUAGUGUUGGUUAGCACUAGUGGUUAGCAUUGGCUAGUGUUGGUUAGCACUAGUGGUUAGCACUAGUGGUUAGCAUUGGCUAGUGUUGGUUAGCACUAGUGGCUAGUGGUUAGCAUUGGCUAGUGUUGGUUAGCAAUUAGUGGUUACCAUACAUAUGAGGCAACUUCAAAUUGUUUCCUGUUCUGUAAUACCACCAUGCAAUGAUGCAAGUUCUUUUCUGUUCUGUAAUGCACAGUGCUAA